AUGCCAGAACAUCAGAAAACUGCAAUUAUUUCAGUUUAUGAUAAGACAGGUCUAUUAGACCUUGCUAAGGGGUUAACUGAGAAUAAUGUUCGUAUGCUAGCUUCCGGUGGUACGGCCCAGUUCAUUCGUGAAUCUGGUUUCCCAGUGGAUGAUAUAUCUUCUAUUACACAUGCCCCAGAGAUGUUGGGUGGUAGAGUUAAGACUUUACACCCUGCUAUUCAUGGUGGUAUCUUAGCUAGAGAUAUAGAAUCUGAUGAAGAAGAUUUAAGAGCACAAAAUAUAGAUAAAGUUGAUUUUGUCAUUUGCAAUUUAUACCCUUUCAAAGAGACAGUAGGUAAAAUAGGUGUCACAAUGGAUGAAGCAGUAGAGGAAAUUGACAUUGGUGGUGUCACACUUAUUAGAGCUGCUGCCAAGAACCAUAUCAGAGUUACUAUCCUAAGUGACCCAGAAGAUUAUGCUGUCUUUCUACAAGAAUUAUACGAAAACAAGACUGGUGAAAUAUCUAUGGAACUAAGAAAUAAACUGGCUUUGAAAGCAUUCGAACAUACUGCAGAGUAUGACUCUGUUAUAUCUGAUUUUUUCAGAAAACAAUACUCUGAAGAUGUUGCACAAUUGACUUUACGCUAUGGUUGUAAUCCUCAUCAAAAACCGGCACAAGCUUUUAUCUCUGAUCAAGAUGAAUUACCAUUCAAAGUAUUAUGCGGUGUUCCUGGCUAUAUUAAUUUACUAGAUGCAUUUAAUUCAUGGCCAUUGGUGAAAGAAUUAUCUGCUUCUUUGAAUUUACCUGCCGCUGCAUCUUUCAAACACGUUUCACCAGCUGGUGUUGCUGUAGGGUUACCAUUAACAGAGAUUGAAAAACAAAUUUAUUUCGUCAAUGAUAUUGAAAACUUAUCACCCUUGGCAUGUGCUUAUGCUAGAGCUCGUGGUGCCGAUAGAAUGUCCUCAUUUGGAGACUUCAUUGCGUUAUCUAACAGAGUUGAUAUUUCUACUGCUCAAAUUAUUGCCAAGGAGGUAUCCGAUGGUGUUGUUGCACCUGGUUAUGAACCGGAAGCUUUAGAGAUUUUAAGAAAGAAGAAAAAUGGUAAAUAUUGUAUCUUACAAAUAGAUCCAAAUUAUGUUCCUGCACCAAUAGAAACAAGACAAGUCUUUGGUAUAUCUUUACAACAAAAGAGAAACGAUGCAAUUAUUAACAAAUCAUCUUUUAAAGAAAUUGUUUCUCAAAACAGAGAUUUGACAGAUCAAGCAAUCAUAGAUUUAACAGUUGCUACAUUAGCUUUAAAAUAUACACAGUCAAACUCCGUAUGUUAUGCUAAGAAUGGUAUGGCAAUCGGUUUAGGUGCCGGCCAACAAUCUAGAAUCCACUGUACAAGAUUAGCUGGUGACAAAGCUGACAAUUGGUGGUUAAGACAACAUCCAAUUGUAUUAGGUUUCAAAUGGGCCAAAGGUGUAAAGAGACCUGAAAAGUCUAAUGCUAUUGAUUUAUUUGUAACUAAUCAAAUCCCAGAGGAUGGUCCUGAAAAAGAUGAGUACGAAUCUAAAUUUGAAGAAUUACCAACCCCAUUAACUAAAGAGGAAAGAAAAGAAUGGUUAUCUAAAUUAAAUAAUGUUUCCUUAUCAUCUGAUGCAUUUUUCCCAUUCCCAGAUAACGUCUAUAGAGCAGUUAGAUCUGGUGUGAAAUAUAUUGCUGCACCAACUGGUUCAAUGAUGGAUAAAUCUGUCCUUGCUGCUGCUGACUCAUUCGAUGUGGUUUAUGUUGAGAAUCCAAUUCGUUUAUUCCACCAUUAA